AUGAUCGUUAAAUUUCUUGCCAAUAGGGGCGGUGGUAGUGCAGGAGCAACAAUUGACUACCUGUUGGGUAAAGAUCGAGAUCGGGAAGGAGCAUAUCUACUUAGUGGCGACCCUGAACUAACCCAACGCAUUGCCGAUAAUCUUGAAUUUACCAACCGCUAUACUGUAGGCGUACUUUCCUUUGAAGAAAAAAACCUAACGACCCAACAAAAACAAGACAUCAUGCAAAGCUUUGAAGAAAACCUCCUUGUAGGGCUAGACAAAGACCAGUACGACAUCACAUGGGUAGAACACACCGAUAAAGACCGCUUAGAACUCAACUUUGUCAUACCAAAUGUAGAACUCAGCACAGGCAAGCGAUUACAGCCCUAUUAUGACCAAGCAGACCGCCCACUAGUUGAGAACUGGAAACAAACCGUAAACUAUGAAUAUGGACUGACAGACCCACACGCCCCUGACAAAGCCCAAGCCAUUAAGACCCUAAAUAGCCAAAAUUUACCUAAGACCAUCAAAGACAUAAAACAGCAAAUUGGCACAGCCAUAGCCGAGCAAAUCAGCACAGGCGCAAUACAAAACCAAAAAGACGUUAUUCAUACUCUAGAACAUGCAGGCUUUGAAAUCGCACGGCAAACAGACAGAUCAAUCAGCAUUAAAAACCCUGACGGCAGAAGAAACAUACGAUUAGAAGGCAUCAUUUAUGAAAAUCGACAAUUUGAUCAACAAUUUGCACAAGAACACAGCCGAGCAGGACAGGAAUAUCAAGAUACAAGCCGAGAACGCUACCAAACAGCACAUGGCAAGUUACAACGCCUUACUACAAAAAAGUUUGAAGCAAACCGAGAACACUUUAGAAGAAAACCUACAGACCAUCAAAGACCAACAGCCGAACAUCAAAAAAGCUUUGCAUUUGAAUACACUCAAGGGCGGAUAACAGCAUGGCUCGGCUAUCAGAUCAAAGAGAAGAAGCAGGAACUAUACGAAAUCAAUCUCAAGAUCGAACAAACCCCCUUAGAGAGACAGGCUUUACACAAAGUCAAAAUAGUAGAAACACAGGACAAGAAAUCUAUCUUGAUCAUAGCGAGAAACAGCAAGAAAGCGGACGCAUUCGAGAAUACCAACGACCAAAUGCUACUCAAACUAGAGAAGUAG